AUGGCAACUUCACGCAAGAAGAGAGAACAAGAGGAGCAAGAAGAAGAACAAUCGCAAAGAGAGUAUUUACAGCUUUCACGUAAUUAUGAAUUAAGUGAAUUAAGUGUUGCUGAUGAACUGAUUGCCAGACAAGAGUAUGACAUGUUUGACGAAAUAAAACAUGGUCUCGAGACUUUGAAUCCAACAGAUGAACAGCGUGUGUCGCAUAUUCAAGCAGAAAUUGAGAAUAUAAAUGAAGAAAUUGAUACUGCUGAACUAGAACUCGACGACAUCCAGGGGCAACGUGAACAACUUCGUAUGGAACAAGAUGUUUAUGAAAAAGAUCUAAGACAAGCGAAUAGUAGAUUGAUGAAACACACUGAAGAAGUUGAACUUGCUGAAGAAGAAUUACUAAGAUCUCGUCAACAACAGUUGGAACUCGUUAUUGAGAGUGACAAAUGGAACGCGAUGCUCAACGAAAAACAGCAACUACUCAAUGAAGAGCAAAAACGAAUAGCUGAUCUUGGACAACAAAUGGAAGUCUUGGAAAACAAUAAACGUUUGUUAGAAAAAAGAAAAGAUGAACUUGUUGAAGAAUUGAAAGUGGUUGAAAAUGAACAAAUUUCUCUUGAAAAGGAAAUAGCUAAAAUUGAUGCUGAGCGAGCACCAAUAGAACAGCAGAUGAAAAAUUUAGAAAAAGAAUUAGCUGCUUUGCAACGAGUCGUUCGGCAAAUAACCGAGAAAAUACGUCAAGUAGAAGAAGAAAUAGCUCGAUGUGAACAAGAAUUGAAUAAACAAAAUGCGCACAUUCAACAACUAACACAAACCAUGCAGGAAGUCGAAAAUGAAAUAAGACGUUUAGAAGACUCAAUUGAACGGCUUGAAGAACUAUUCGCACAAGCAGAGAAGAAGGAACGUGAGAUUGAGAAAUUAAUUCAACAAAAAAAUCAAGAAAAGCAGGCAGCUGAACAAGAACAAAAGGCAGCAGAGUCAGAAGCUCAACAAUUACAAGCUGCUGUCGAAUCAUUGGAAGGUGAAUUGCAGCAGGCACAAAAUCAACUAGCUCAAAUGGCUGGGGAAGCUAAUGAAAGUCAACAAAAACUACAGAAGGCUGAAUCGGAACUCGCUGAAUUAGAAGAAAAAAUAAAAGAAAUCGAACUGGAACUGGAAGAUGCACAAACCGAACUCGAUGAUCUCGCAGAGCAACUGGAAGCUAAACAAGAUGAAUUGAAAAAAGGUGAAGAAGAGAAAAAGAAACUUGAAGAAGAAUUGACUAAAAAGCAGGAAGAUUUGAAAAAGGCUGAACAGCAAGUGGCUAAACUCGAACAAGCUGUAGCAGAAGCGAAAAAAGAACUUGACGCAGCGACAGCACUGUUAAAACAAAAUACGGAAACAUUACGGAAAGAGGAACAAACUAAACUGGAUAUGGAAAAUGCCGUUAAAGAACAAGAAACAGUUGUUAACAACGCAAAGAACGAGACAUCGUCAUGCGAACAAAAGGAGACGGAAGAAAAACAAAACAUGGAGAAGGCAAAGAGUCAAGAAGAAACUGCACAGACAGAGGUGAACAACGCAAAGCUCGCACUUCAGAAAGCUGAACACGCCCUUCAAAUGGCCGAAUAUGAUGAAAGAGUAGCACGAUCUAACGAGCAGAAGUAUAUCCUUCCUAGCAAACAACAAGCAGUUCGAAGUGCUCGAGAGGCGUUGAACAACUGUCGAUUGCAAAUGACUCAAGCAGAGCAGAAGAUGUCAACGGCGUCGAAGAAAUUCCAAGAGGCCACAAUGGCGCAUCAAGCUGCAAGUGACAAAACACGUCAAGCUCGUGAAAAGCUUGCUGAAGAAGAACGAACACUUAAGACCAAACAGGACGAAUUGAAACGUCAAACUACAAUAAAAGAUGAGGCUGAACGACAAGUCAACGAACAGCAAGUAGUUGUAGAAAAAGCUACUAGUCAUCAUAAAGAAACUGAGAACAAAUUAGACGAAGCUAAAAACGAACAGACAACGAAAAAGAAGGAAGUUGAUAAUGCCGAAGCUGAAGUUAAAAAACAGUCGGAAAAGGUAACACAAUUGACAGAUGAAGCGUCCAAAUUAGAAAAAGAACAUGCAGAAGCACAAGAAGCAUUUACUGAAAAGGAGAAUGAACUGAAAGAAGUCAAAGAACAACACAAGGCGGCCGAAACUGCUAUUCAAGCAAAUACCGAAGAGCUCGCAGCUAAGCAACGAAAUGUUCAAGGUGCAGCAGCCGAAGUUGGCCAGAAACAACAACAACUUGGCGCUAAACAAGCCCAACACGCUGCUAAGCAAGGAGAAGCUCAACAAGCUAAACAUAACGUUAAUAUGCUCAAUCAAGAUAUUGGACUUGCUGAGUCAAAUAAAGAAGAAAUACAAAGUGAAAAAAGAAAGCAAGAGAAUAAUCUUCGUAGGGAACAAGAGAAACGUCAAAAGGUCAGUUCAGAACAGCAAGAACUGAAAGCAAAGGUUGAACAAAGUCAACAGCAGAAGCAACAAUAUAGUAAACAAGUACAAGAUUUGAAAGUCCAGCUUGAUACGCAAAACGAUGCCAUGAUGGAAAAGGGUGGUGAAGUUGAUAAGGUCAAAGAUGACUUGAAAGCAAAGGAACAACAAAAAAUUCGAUUGCAAUCACAAUAUGAUCAGCGUGUCGCACGUUUUGAACAAGUCAAAAUACAGAUUCGUCAAAAUGAGCAAGAUCUGCACGAGAAUGAAACAAAUAGUAAACAAAUGAGACAAGCCAUACAGAAACUUGAAGUAGAAAAACAGAUGAAUGCACGUAAAUUAACUGAGGCAGAACAAGGUCUUCAUCGAAGAAAUGAACAACUUGAGCAACUAUCGAAACAAAUUGAACAGAAACAACACGUUUAUGAUGAUCGACAUCGCCGAAAUAGUAAUCUCAAAGCUGAUCUUGAUCAACGUCGAGCAAAGAAGGAUUGUUUAGAACAAAAAGCAGAGGAUGCGAAUAAACGAUGGAUAGAAAAACGUAAACAAUUGACAACUGCUGAAAACAACGUUGCUAAACUUAAACACGCAUUAGGCAACAUUAAAAUAACUUCUUACCAAACAGCGAUUAACCGGCAACAACCUUGGGGACAGAGAAAUAUAGCUCAUCACAAUCUAAAUGAUGCGAUCGAUAAUCAACUGGAGCAGCAACAGCAAAUUCGUCGUCGUUGA